GCAACAUAUAUGAUACAAUGAGCCUAUCACUAGCACUUGGAUACGGAUCGUCGUCAGAGUCGUCCUCAGAGUCAGAGUCCGAUGCGCCACGUAGACCCCCUGCCACAACUGAGAAGAAAGGAGGAUCAAGGCAGUCCACGCAGCCGUCACGUGCCCUCGACACAAAACUGGCGGAGAUUUUGCCGCCUCCGAGGACGUCGCCACAUCAGGCCGGCAGCAACGAAAUCCAAAUUGUUGCCGAUUUGCCACCCGGGCCCGACCCCGCUGCUGGUGUGUCGGCGACAGUGAAAGAGAAGUAUACAGACAAGUCGGACGUGCCCAGCGCAAAGCAUGGCGAGUUUUCGGAUCUAGCCAGUAUUCUACCUGCCCCUAGGGCUACUGCAUCCAGUGCAUCGAAGCAGCAGCAAGGCAACAAUACUGGCGUACGCGGUCAGCAAACCAACUCAGACCACGUCCCGCCUGUGUUGGUCCCGCACUCUGUAGCAUCCAGGAAACGCACACUAGGCCAUCCAGGAACAGACAAGGCUACAAAGCGUCACACCAAGUCACCCAGUUUAGAGAAAUCAGAAGCAAUGGCCACCCAUUCAUCUGUACAGUCUGCUGAACCCUCAGCCAGCCCCUUCUUUACGCUGUCGGAGCCCCCAUGCAACGUCACAUAUUCCGAUGAUAUGCGUCCGGAGCAGGACGGGUCGGGGAGUGCACACGAUUCCGAUGCUCCGGAUGCCCUGCAAAGCCAACACGAUGCUUCCUGGCUUGUAUACGAUGCAGCCAGCGGAUACUACUACGAUUACAUGACCAAUCAAUACCUUUAUUACGACACAGCCAGCGGUGUAUACAUCGAUGCUGCAGAGCUGUAUCCCGAGAUGCAGCAUGAGAACGAAGACGGCGAUCAGCAGCAGCCCUUGGCCACUGCUAUAGAUGAUGCUAGCCUGGAGGCGCUUAUUGGCCGCGGGGCGUUCAGGCGCGGCGAGGCAUUUGGGAUCAGCGCAGAUGCAGUCAGGGAUGUCUCUCAGCAAGCCCAGCUUGCUGACACAGAGAACUUUGAUGCCCGCACUGCUCAGGCUGCUGCUGCUGCGUCAUCUCGCCCGCAUGUGCCUCACAAGGGUGCUGUAGACAUUGACCAGAUCAGCAAGAAGCAGAAGCAGAAGCACAACAUCAUGUACCUUGCCAUGCAGUCGCAGGAGCAGGGGGCUCAGGUGAAGGCGGCUCAGGGGAAGACCCGUCAGGCGAAAAAGGACCGCCAGAUGCGCUAUGGAUUCUGAGCUAUGGACGACGCAAUCGAUAAGCGAGCGGUCGGCUGAGAUUCCGUCGCCCGGUAUAUACGGUGAAAUAUGAAUUCUACAUAUAUAGUUUUCCGGCGGCCUGAGGACCUCAUUUGGUUCUCAAGAUCGCUGCUUCUCUGAGCUUUGCAGCUAUGCACCAGGAGAAGAGCACAUUAGCUACCGCCUUGCAUACAAGUAGAGCCCACUUCACUUCACUUCACUUCACUUCAUGGCAAUAUCCAUAUGGCUAUUUCAAUAUACUAGAAAUGCUCUGCUCGCGAUGCAAG